AUUUAUGUGAGAUAGGGUUGAAACCUCAACCUGCUGGGUUCAGGUGUUCCACCACCUCAGCCUCCUGAGUAGCUGGGACUGUAAGGCACAUGCUACCAUGUCCAACUAUUUUUUGUAUUUUUUGUAGAGAAAGGGUUUCUCCUCUCUUCCUUUCAUAUCUCAUACCAUCAGUCCGUCAAGUUUUGUUAGCUUUGCUUUCAGAUUCUAUGAUUAAUCUGACCACUUCUUAUGACCUUCUCUGCUACCACCCUAGACGUGCUGCAAUAACUUCCUAACAGGUCUCCUUCCUUCUACUCUUGUCCCCCUGUACUCACAUAUUAGCUAGAAUGAUCUUUAGCAAAAGUAAGUCAGAUCAUGUUGAAACCUUCCUAUAAUUCCCCAGCACUCUGAAAUAAAAUCUAAAGCUCUUGACAUAACCUACCAGCUACUACUCAUUCUGUGCCUUAGCUCUCUUCCUGACUUCUCUGCCCUUUUUUUUCUCUUGAGACAGGCUCUCACUCUGUCAUCCAGGCUGGAGUGCAUUGGCGCAAUCUCAGCUCACUGCAACCUCCACCUCCCAGGUUCAAGCGAUUCUUCUACCUCCCAAGUAGCUGGGAUUACAGAUUGUGUUGGUGCCAUGCAGCAAGAAGCAGAGAGAUGCAGAGUUCGAGCCAGAAGGCCUGACAUGGCACUUUAUGUACCUAAAGCUCGAAGGGGUGUGGUACUCCUUAAGACAGGUGAUGAAGAAGAAAGCUGUGGUUCACCUAACUCUGUGGUGAAAGAAAAGCAAAAAGAAAGCUCUCUUUCCCAAAAAGAAGUCUUUAGAGACAAACCAGAGGCUCGAAGACUAGGUAUCAAUCCUGAUAGAAAGGAGCAUAAUUGUAGAGAAGGAAAAAAAUCUUCAACAAAGUUAAGAAGGGACACAUGCCUUCAAAAAACAAAUAGAGUUUGUUCUAAGAGAGGAACCACUGAAUCUAAAGAAGUAUUAUCCCAAGGACAUCAGCAGGGAGCCCCAAAUGCUGGGGUUAUAACUAAUGCACCUUUACAGAGACAUUUUAAACCAAAGAAGGUGGAGUGUUUGGAAGUUGAAACUACAAAUGUGACAGGACAUGAGAGGAUACUUCUGUCACAGGCCUGUUCAGAAAUCAGUGAGGCUCAGGUUCCAAGCAAACCAUUCCAAAAUGUGGAAUUCUGUGACUUCAGUAGGCAUGAACCUGAUGGGGAAACAUGUGAACACAAAGAUUUGGAAGGCAGAAUUGAAACUGAUACCAAGGUUUUGGAGAUACUAUAUGAGUUUCCUAGAGUUUUUAGUUCUGUCAUGAAACCUGAGAAUAUGAUUGUACCAAUAAAACUAAGCUCUGAUUCUGAAAUUGUGCAACAAAGCAUGCAAACAUCAGAUGGAAUAUUGAAGUCCAGCAGCAGAGGCAUCACCACUACUUCUGUUCCUGGAAGUCCAGAUGGUGUCUUUGAUCAAACUUGCGUAGAUUUUGAAGCUGAGAAUGUAGGUGGUAUAGCCAAUAGUACAGGUUUCAUCUUAGAUCAAAGAGAUACAGAUUCCAUUCCUGAAACUAUGGGUCACAUCUCUCUGUCAGAGAGCACAAAUGACACUGUUAGUCCAGUGAUGAUUAGAGAAUGUGAGAAGAAUGACAUUACUGCUGAUGAGUUACAUGUAAAACACGAACCUCCUGAUACAGCUGUCCUUGCUCAUGAAACACAUAGAGAUAAUGGAUUUAAGAAUGUAGGUGACGUUACCAAUAAAGCAUGUAUGAUGGACACCACAGUUAUGUCCUGUAGUGAUCAUGUAGCUGUUGAUAGCUCUUACGUAGUUGCAGUUAGAAUAGCUGAUGAGAUCUCUAAUAAUACACAAAGUUUCUCAAAGUUUAUGGGAAUGAGUGCAGAUGCAAUCCCUCUUCAUGUAGCUGGAAGUGGGAAUGACACUGAAAAUUUCAGCAACCUGACUGCUUGCUCAGGUAUUUAUGCUGAGAGUAUUUCAUCUUGUUUUACAGAGUCAACAGGAAAGUUGAUAGAGAGCUUGUCAGAUUGUGCUUCCUCCUUACCUAUAAAAAAGAUUGCUGGUAGUAAUUAUAACACUUUUUUGGACUCUGAACUCAGUAUGUUAAAUGGGACAAAAGUACUUUCAGACAGUGCCGUGGGCAUUGAUCUGGGUAGUACUGGUGAUACAACAGAAGCAUCGCACGAACUAAGAACUGCCGAAGAGUUCAAAACAAAAGAGCAAGAUGACUCAGAGAAUGUAGAAUUUGGUGUAUCUUUUCCUGAUAGGGAAUCAUUAUCUGUGGAAACAUCCAUGGAACCAAAAGCAAAUGAAACUUCUCACACAGAGGGAAUUACUGCCACUGAGGAGAGCUGGGAAUCUAUGUUUAACGAUGAUGGUGACUGCCUGGAUCCACGUCUUCUACAAGAGUUAUCAGGGAAUACGAAGGGCAGAGAGAGCAUCCAGGAACCUAGAUUUGAUUACUACAACCAUGAAGUUCCUGAUAUUGACCUCAGUGAUUGUGAAUUCCCACACGUCAUUGAAAUUUAUGACUUUCCCCAAGAAUUUCGUACUGAAGACCUUCUGCGGGUUUUCUGCAGUUAUCAAAAGAAAGGAUUUGAUAUUAAAUGGGUGGAUGAUACACAUGCCCUAGGAGUAUUCUCCAGUCCAAUUACAGCUCGUGAUGCGUUGGGUAUUAAACACACCAUGGUGAAGAUUCGUCCCUUGUCACAGGCCACAAGAGCAGCCAAGGCCAAAGCUAGAGCUUAUGCUGAGUUCCUCCAGCCAGCAAAGGAGCGUCCUGAGACUUCAGCAGCCCUAGCCAGAAGGUUAGUCAUCAGUGCCCUUGGGGUUCGAAGUAAGCAGAGCAAAACCGAACGAGAAGCAGAGCUCAAGAAACUGCAAGAAGCCAGAGAGAGAAAGCGGUUGGAAGCCAAGCAACGGGAAGACAUCUGGGAAGGCAGAGACCAGUCUGCAGUUUGAACAUCACUCAAUGAAAGGGAUAAUUGCAUGAAUCAGAAAAUGUUUCCAUAGUCUUCAGAUAAGAGGAUCCUUCCAGAGCUCUGUGUACAUGCAGAUGUGCAUGUUAAAGAGAUAAAGUGAUCAAGACAAGGACUGACUAGGUAGAGAAGGAAGACAGACUUCUGUCUUCACUCCUAAAUGCAGUUCUUUGGAAUCACCCUACUAUGGUGGGCAUAGUAGGGAGCCAUCAACUAGGAAGAAACGUGGGAGAUGUGAAUUCCAGGAGUCCCCUGGACAGGGCAAGUCAUGUUAGCGUGGGUCACACUUCCAAGAUAUUUAAAGCAAAUACAAAAGAGAGCAGAGGAUUCAAACCGCAAGAAUGGGAGAUUUAGGCCCUGCAAAGGCAGAGCAUUCCUUAGUACCUCACAAAACAGAAUAAUACUGGAGGCAGAGUAGGGGGUGGAUAGAGAGUGGUUAGUACAAAGAGACAGAACAGUGUCUGGUUUACUUGGCCUACACAGAAUCUACACUGCUGGUUCCAGAACUCCAAAGUUGGUGAACUACAGGAGGUGUGGGUAGUUAGACUCCAAAGUUUGUACUGAGGUCAGUGCCUGGGACCAUUCCAGCUGUACUGCAGCCAGGGGGGAUGCCAGCUUCAUUCCUCAGAGUAAACCAACCUUGGGAGCUAUGUGCCAGUUCCAGUGUAAGCAGUAAUACCAUGUUGUAAGAGCAGACAUUAAAGCCCAUUUUAUGACAUAU